AUGGGUGCUUCGCCGGAGAAGUUGAGAAUCGACAUGCGAGAGGUAGAAGAGAAAAGAAGAGAGAGCAGCAGCUCUGAUUUUCUGAUAUCGGAAACAAUCAGACGAGAGGAGGAGGAACAAAGCCCUAGCACUACGGAGGAUUUCACAGCUAAGAAGAAUGUCGACGACGGAGAUAAGAAGAUUCGCCCCGUCUGUGCCAAACAAUCAAGAGUCUCAGAGAUUGAGAUGAUGAAGGAAAGGUUUUCGAAGCUACUACUUGGAGAAGAUAUGUCUGGUUCUGGAAAUGGCGUCUGCACUGCUCUUGCCAUCUCUAACGCCAUCACUAAUCUUUGUGCUACCUUGUUCGGGCAACUAUGGAGGUUAGAGCCUCUUCCUAAGGAGAAGAAAGACAUGUGGAGACGAGAAAUGGAAUGGCUUCUCUGUGUCAGUGAUCACAUUGUUGAGAUGACUCCUACUUGGCAAACAUUCCCUGAUGGAACCAAACUCGAGAUAAUGACCUGCAGACCAAGAUCAGACCUUUAUGUUAACCUCCCAGCUCUCAGAAAACUGGAUAACAUGCUUCUCGAGAUAUUAGAUAGCUUUGAGGAGACUGAGUUUUGGUAUGUCGACCAAGGAAUCGUGGCACACGAAUCAGCAGCAGACGGAUCAUCUUCUUUUCGAAAAUCUUUUCAGAGACAAGAAGACAAAUGGUGGCUACCGGUUCCACGUGUUUCACCAGGAGGCUUGCAAGAGAACUCAAGAAAACAGUUGCAGCAUAAACGAGACUGCACUAAUCAGAUACUAAAAGCUGCUAUGGCCAUCAACAGCAUCACACUCGCGGACAUGGAGAUCCCUGAAUCAUAUCUCGAAUCUCUUCCACGGAGAGGAAGAUCAUGCCUCGGUGAUUUGAUCUACAGAUACAUUUCGUCAGAUCAAUUCUCACCUGAAUAUCUUCUUGAUUGCCUUGACUUAUCCUCUGAACACCAAGCCAUAGAGAUAGCUAACCGAGUCGAGUCAUCCAUCUACCUGUGGCACAAAAGGUCUAAUUCAAAACCAGCUACUAAUACCAAAACGUCGUGGGAGAUGGUGAAGGAACUAAUGGUUGAUGGAGAGAAGCUAGAGUUGAUGGCUGAUCGAGCUGAAAGUCUGUUGAUUUCUUUAAAACAACGGUUCCCUGGUCUCCCUCAAACCGCUCUUGACAUGAGCAAAAUCCAAUACAACAAGGACAUUGGAAAAUCGAUUCUGGAAAGCUACUCGAGAGUUCUAGAGAGCUUAGCGUUCAACAUUGUCGCACGUAUCGAUGACUUGCUUUUUGUUGAUGAUCUUACAAGACACUCAUCGGAUCAGAUACCAACAACAUUAGGUAACAACGGAACUGACGCUCUUAAGAACAAUGCAUUGUCUGCUACAACCUACACAACACCAAGCUACUCUCCUGCAAAAGCGGAGCUGAGAACAUCAGUCACAACAGUGCCGCCGUCUCCUUCAAGGUUCAAGAUUCCUCACAGUAGCAGCGUUAAAAGGGUCUUGACGGCUUAUGUAACAAAGAACGAACCAAGACUGAAGGAUAUUCAGGUGGAAAGAUCAAGCCGUUCAUCGUCGAGUGAGAGGUUGUCUCUAGAGAAAUGCAUGAAGGAGUCGUUGAAUGUAUCGAACCUUGAUCCUGGGAUUUGAAAAUGAAUGCUCUAACUACUUGGAAUAGUAGUCUCUGCUUUUGGUUCUGUUCUUGUUUUUUUAUUAUUAUUACUACUUUCUCCUCCCUAGUGUUCCCUUUCUUUCUUCUUCUUGCUUGUGUGUAUAGCUUUUAGAUUGUAUGAUAUUUGGAAAGAUUGGGUUUGAGAGUUACAGAAAAGGAGUCUUGAGACGAUAAACAGAUCAGAAUUUUUAGCUUUGAAGUUGUGAAGUGUAUCAGGAUUUU